AUGACAUCGGGGAGGAGCAGGAGAGUCUACGCCUCGGUUCCUGAGGCGGCUCCUCCUGAGGUCGCAGCUGGGCGGCCCUUCCCUCCUCAGGAGAAAGAGUGGCACCUGAAGGAGGAGGAGGAGGCGCCUCUGCUGAGAAAGCAGAAGGUACAGGAGGACCAGGAGCAGGACAGUUGCAGUCACCCCGAGGAGGUGAAGAUGGAGCAGGAAGAGCAUCUUGAGAAGGUCCUGGAGGCCUGUGAGGAGGUGGAACAGCUGGAGGUGGAGAAGCAGCAGCAGCAGUGCCCUGAGCAGCAGCCGGCUCAGCUGGAGGAGGAGCCAGAUUUGCCCACCACUUUGGGGGAGCCCGAGGGCGCGCUUCGCUGGCAGAGCGAGGCCAUGGAGACGAUGGAUUUUCAGCUGACACCACUUUGUCAUCGUGCCCCAUCUUCUCCUGGCUCUCCUUCUCUCGCCUGUAGCAUUCUGGGAGGCAGUGGCAGCUACAACCCUUUUAACAUUUUGGACUCUCAGAAGUCAGAGGAUGAGGUGGGAAGGGAGCAGCAAGAGAAGGAGAGAUUACUGAAGGAAGUAGAGGAGAAGAGGAAGAAGGAGGAGUGUCAGUACCAGGAGCAGAAGGAGCUGCUGGAGGAGCAGAAGGAGGGCAAGAACAUUGCAGCUGCUGCUGGGGUCAGUAACAAAUUAUUGAGCAGGAGAGUCUACGCCUCGGUUCCUGAGGCGGCUCCUCCUGAGGUCGCAGCUGGGCGGCCCUUCCCUCCUCAGGAGAAAGAGUGGCACCUGAAGGAGGAGGAGGAGGCGCCUCUGCUGAGAAAGCAGAAGGUACAGGAGGACCAGGAGCAGGACAGUUGCAGUCACCCCGAGGAGGUGAAGAUGGAGCAGGAAGAGCAUCUUGAGAAGGUCCUGGAGGCCUGUGAGGAGGUGGAACAGCUGGAGGUGGAGAAGCAGCAGCAGCAGUGCCCUGAGCAGCAGCCGGCUCAGCUGGAGGAGGAGCCAGAUUUGCCCACCACUUUGGGGGAGCCCGAGGGCGCGCUUCGCUGGCAGAGCGAGGCCAUGGAGACGAUGGAUUUUCAGCUGACACCACUUUGUCAUCGUGCCCCAUCUUCUCCUGGCUCUCCUUCUCUCGCCUGUAGCAUUCUGGGAGGCAGUGGCAGCUACAACCCUUUUAACAUUUUGGACUCUCAGAAGUCAGAGGAUGAGGUGGGAAGGGAGCAGCAAGAAAAGGAGAGAUUACUGAAGGAAGUAGAGGAGAAGAGGAAGAAGGAGGAGUGUCAGUACCAGGAGCAGAAGGAGCUGCUGGAGGAGCAGAAGGAGGGCAAGAACAUUGCAGCUGCUGCUGGGGUCAGUAACAAAUUAUUGAGCAGGAGAGUCUACGCCUCGGUUCCUGAGGCGGCUCCUCCUGAGGUCGCAGCUGGGCGGCCCUUCCCUCCUCAGGAGAAAGAGUGGCACCUGAAGGAGGAGGAGGAGGCGCCUCUGCUGAGAAAGCAGAAGGUACAGGAGGACCAGGAGCAGGACAAUUGCAGUCACCCCGAGGAGGUGAAGAUGGAGCAGGAAGAGCAUCUUGAGAAGGUCCUGGAGGCCUGUGAGGAGGUGGAACAGCUGGAGGUGGAGAAGCAGCAGCAGCAGUGCCCUGAGCAGCAGCCAGCUCAGCUGGAGGAGGAGCCAGAUUUGCCCACCACUUUGGGGGAGCCCGAGGGCGCGCUUCGCUGGCAGAGCGAGGCCAUGGAGAUGAUGGAUUUUCAGCUGUGGCCUCUCAUUGUGGCUGAGAGCCCUCUCUGUCUCCUCAGGGAGCAGCAAGAGAAGGAGAGAUUACUGAAGGAAGUAGAGGAGAAGAGGAAGAAGGAGGAGUGUCAGUACCAGGAGCAGAAGGAGCUGCUGGAGGAGCAGAAGGAGGGCAAGAACAUUGCAGCUGCUGCUGGGGACCCCGUGGGGGGCCCCAAGAUCAAUCCAAACAACUACGGGACGAAUUUGAAUAGUGAGGACUCCACAGAUGUUGAGACCCAGGCCCAAAAGAGUACUCCUGCUUGGGCCCAAGUGACCCAACUCAGCCAGAAUCUCAUCAGUCAGUACUACCAGGCUCUUGGUGUGGACCAGCCCAGUAGGCCCUUCUUCAUUCCAAGGCUCACGGAUAUAUUCAACAAGACAGCAGGAGCUUCAAUGCCGUGGCUCCUGAGGCAGGUCCUCCAGAUUCAGCAAGUGAGUGGGGUGGACGAGCGGCGAGCGGCGGGUGGUGGGGCACAGGAGCGGCAGGCCCGUGCUUGGCCUCCGCGGCCUCCUCACCGCCUGACGACACCCGAGAGGAGCCGGGAAACUGAGGCAGGCCCUCGAGUCCUCAGUUAA